AUGGGCCUUUGUAAAUGUCCAAAGCGAAAAACAACGAGUCAUUUUUGUUUUCAUCAUUGUGUCAAUGUCUGUGAGCAUUGCAUCGUUAACAAUCAUACAACAUGUACAGUUAAAUCAUAUACCACCUGGUUGAAAGAAGCAAGCGGUAGCAUAUCUUCAUCAUCGGUUACAGCAGCUGCAUUAUGUGCUGUUUGUCAAAAGCAGUUUGUUUUAACAUCAAAAGAAGUUGACAACUCAACAGUUCAUCUCAAUGGCGCUAGAAGUAACACAAAAAUUCCUAUACGGCUUUUAUGCUAUCAUGUAGUGCAUACACGGUGUUUAUCAUCUUAUGUUAAAAAGCAAUUGAAAGAAGGAAACAUUUUGAAAUGUCCAUCAUGUGAUCGACAAUUGUGGAUACAACAACAAGAGCAAACACAAGUUUCUGAUGAGAACUCAGGAGUUGAUUCCAAUGAUUUAACACCUGUUGCAUCACUGUUGUACAAACAUUUAUUGGAUAAUGGUAGUUGGUGGGGCCAGGCAUUGAUUACAAAUGGAAAUGUAAAUGAUAUUGAGAAAUAUUUAAUUGAAGAUGAACUCCAUGAACUUGGUGAAGAAUCAGAUGAAGAAAUACAACAAUUUGAAAACCAAUCAACAUUCAAAAAUAAUACAUCUCAAAUAAAUAUUAUUGCAGACAAUACAUCUCCCAUUACACUAGCUGAAAAAAUGCAUUUGCCUGAUAGUAACAUUGGUUAUUAUAAUCAUUAUGAAUUAGCACAUACAGCACCAGAUGUAACAACUAUCAACUACCGUAAUAAUACAAAUCAAAUAUAUCAACCAAUCCAUCAUCGACAUUUCAACAAUAAUUAUGGUCAAGAUUCAACAUUAACAUUACAACAGCUUCAGCAUCAACAACAACAACAACAACAACAAAAACAAUGUUCAUCUGUUAAUAUGACAACAAUUUCACAGAGUUCAGAUUUGAAUAAUAGACAUGUGAUAACGUCCAUUACUCCAUUACUACUAAAUAAUGAUAAUAAUUUGAAUCAUGAUGAACAGCAAGAUCCUAGUGGCAAAUAUAGGCCUAAAAAGUUUAAUAAUCAAUCUUGGUCUUUAAGUUACCAACGGCUUUUGCAAUAUUUUCGUGGCACAAACAAUAAACCAGAAGAUAACAGUACUACAAGAAUUGCUACAAUAAUUAUUUUUUGUUUAUUAAUCAUUGUAGUUUUAUUAGUAGCUAUUACUAGUUAUACACGUUCCAAUAAUGAACCAUUUGAUAAUAACAGCAUAGAUUAUGCUGGAGACGAUAUUGAAAAUAAUGGUGGUGGUGCAGCAACAAAUUUAAAAAGUUUCAAUGUUAACAACUUGUAA